AUAUACUUGAGCUAAAUCUGAGUCGUCAGACAUGAAGGCGUUUUUCUUCUUGGUUGGUGUCCUGCUCGUUGUGUUCUUUGCUGGUGAAGUUCAGUCAUCAGAUGCGGUUCGCAUUCAAGGUGGAGGGUUGUCAGGUCGAUUACAAGUUCGUCAUAAUGGAGUAUGGGGUACAGUGUGUGAUGAUGGCUGGUCCAUGACCAACACCCACGUGGUUUGUCGUCAGCUUGGCUUUGAUGGUGCCCUUUCUUAUCAUAACAGUGGAGGAGGAACAGGACAGAUAUGGCUUGAUGAUGUACAAUGUUCUGGCAGCGAGAGUGCUAUUCAACAGUGUAGACAUCAGUAGUGAUAAAUGUAUAUGGAUAGGGUCACGAUAAUUUAUUCAUGGAUUAGAUAUUCAUGUAUUCCUGUUACCAUAGCAAAUCACCGGAAACGGAAACGAAUGGGGUGAUGGAUCGCCCAAGGGGAGGCGGGAACGGGGGAUGACGCGGGUGACGUAAGUGGGGAGGGACCGCCCGGAAACAAGAAGAACUACACGUGGUGUUUAGUUUAAAAAGGUUUAAUGAACUCAGCAAUUAUCUUAA